AUGCCUGGGGCAUGGUCAGAUAGUCCAUUUCCUCUGUCGAUUGUAAUGACGGUAUGCACAACUCUUGGGGCAGUAGCCCUGCCUCCGCUACUAACAAAGAUAUUGGCAGGGACUUACAUCCCUGUGGAUGCUGCCAAACUGUCAAUCAGCACCAUGCAGUACCUACAACCCUUCACUUUUUGUUCCUAUAAAUAA